AUGGUCACCAUGCUGGCUUACAAAACUAUGAGGUCUCACAGGUCAUUACGGAUUUGCUACAAUGUUGCCCGUCAAUUCAACAAACAGAAUAGAGAAAGACAGACACAGAGAUUAUGUUCAAUGCAAUGGUGUUCCAGAAAGGAGUACAGUUCUGCGGCAGAACAGUUACAGGAACCGCAAAUUCAAGGAACGGAGAAAGAGUACUCACCCAAAAUCGAGAGAAUCGUGGAUGAGAUAAGUCAAUUAACUUUACUUGAAGUUUGUGAUUUGAAUGAACUUUUAAAAACGAGACUAAAGAUUAAAGAUGGUCCUGUGAUGGCUAUGGCUGGACCUGCAGUGGCAGCUCCCAAGGAAGAGGAAGAGGAGGUAGCGCCAAAGAGAGAAAAGAAUGCAUUCACAGUAAAACUCGUCAAGUUCGACGAUUCUAAGAAAAUCACUCUGAUAAAGGAACUUAAAAACAUCAUUCCUGACAUUAAUCUUGUUCAAGCUAAGAAGUUUGUGGAAGCAGUGCCACAAGUCGUGAAGGCUGAUAUCAUGAAGGAAGAGGCUGAAAAACUUAAAUCGACCAUAGAGGCUGUUGGUGGUGUAGUUGAAUUAGAAUAAUAGGGGGGACCCAACUGACUGUGUGACAUUAAGUGUGUAUAGGCACUCAUUAAGUGUGCAUUAGACUUGGCAACAUUGUGAAUAUCAGGUUGAUGUUAAAAUACUAUGGAUGUGUAUGUUAAACUUAAGAAGUUUUGUUGUAUCAAUGAUAUGAUUGGUAAAUAAAAUUAUUAUGAACAAUU